CAUCUUUGUUGUUUUCCUCUUCUUUAUGUACAUCGCCGUGGAAGUUUCUCCGGUAAUGGAAGAGAUCACACGGAAGAGCAAGAAAACUUCCGUUGAGAAUGAAACCGGCGGUGAUCAGUCAGCCACAUCAGUAGUCGUUAAAGCUAAACGUAAACGCCGAUCGCAACCACGAGACGCUCCUCCACAACGCAGCUCCGUCCAUAGAGGCGUCACCAGGCAUCGAUGGACUGGAAGGUACGAAGCACAUUUGUGGGAUAAGAAUAGUUGGAACGAGACUCAGAGCAAGAAAGGAAGACAAGUAUAUUUAGGGGCAUAUGACGAGGAAGAUGCAGCAGCACGUGCCUACGACUUAGCAGCAUUGAAAUAUUGGGGACGAGACACCAUCUUGAAUUUCCCUUUGUGUAAUUAUGAAGAAGACAUCAAGGAAAUGGAAAGCCAGUCAAAGGAAGAGUAUAUUGGAUCUUUGAGAAGGAAAAGUAGUGGGUUCUCCCGUGGUGUAUCAAAAUACAGAGGCGUUGCAAAGCAUCACCAUAAUGGGAGAUGGGAAGCUCGAAUUGGAAGAGUGUUUGGCAAUAAAUAUUUGUACCUUGGAACUUACGCUACACAAGAAGAAGCGGCUAUAGCGUAUGACAUCGCAGCAAUCGAGUACCGUGGACUUAACGCCGUUACUAACUUCGACAUCAGCCGUUAUAUGAAACUCCCGGUGCCGGAGAACCCUAUCGACGCCGCGAAUAAUCUCCUAGAGAGUCCGCAUUCUGAUCCCAGCCCAUUUAUAAACCCAACUCACGAGUCUGAUUUAUCACAGAGUCAAUCUUCGUCAGACGACAACGAUGAUCGGAAAACAAAGCUCUUAAAGUCGUCACCUUUAAAUGUGGAGGACGUAAUCGGCCCAUCGACGCCACCAGAGAUUGCUCCGCCUCGCCGGAGCUUCCCGGAAGACAUCCAGACGUAUUUCGGGUGUCAAAACUCCGGCAAGCUAACGACGGAGGAAGAUGACGUUAUCUUCGGUGAUUUAGAUUCUUUCCUUACGCCUGAUUUCUACAGCGAGUUAAAUGAUUGCUAAAGUGUUCUUCUGAUAAGUAAGAAAAAAGGGAUUUUAUAAGUUUUGUUUUUAGUUUGGAAUAUCGGUUGUGAAAAUCAGCAUUGACACAUCGGUUAUUCUUUCUUGUGACAAUCUUAUUAUAAUAAAGUUUGAAUCUUUUU